AAAUUUCCGGACUCCCCCACAGAACAAGUUCUCCGUGAGGUGGGGUUUUGAACGAGUUGCUAAAACCUUCUUUGCCUCCUUCGACGACGUUCCUUCCAGUUGGCCGUUCUUGCUGUUGUAUCGGAAGUAGCAACGGGAGCUCGCUCGCUGUGAAGGUUUCCUUCCGUUGCCGGGGUUUCAGACGACUGCGAUUUCGGGCUAUUAUUCUUCUUCGCCGGCCUUCACCCGUAUUUUCUCGCCGGAUUUAAGCAGGAUCGAAGCAAGAUGUCUUCCUUCUCAGGAUACCAAUUUCUCGCCACCAAGACAAAGAACUUGAUUGUUGCCGGUGGCUUGACUGGCUUUGUCUUCGGAGUCUACUAUUACACUAUGAGAGCAGUUGGAGGAUCUGAUGAGUUGCAGGUAGCGAUUGACAAGUUUGAAGAGUUGAAGAAAAACUGAAGCAGAGGAGUCUCCUUUUCUGCUGCCUAUAGCCUUCCAACUAUUUCUCCAGAUACAGACAAAUUUUUUUGCUUCUCUCUUUUUAUGACCAACCAUAUUCUGAAACUUUAAUUUGUUUGUGGAAGAGUUAGCCUUUCUCUGAUUAAUUUUCUCAUUCUUAAUAUAGAUAAGAAAGCAUCUAUUAUAUAGGACAAUCAAAGUAAUGUGAUGAAAUUUUGUUAAGGAUAUAUUUUAAUACUAUUGAAUUUGCUUUGCCA